AUGUUCAGGCCGCUGGCUGCGUCGCCAGUACCAAACGAGACAACUGCGCAGUCGAGGUCUUGCAACGUCCAUCCUGUCUUACGCCAGAGACGGAUCUUUCCAGAAAAGAUCGCCGUGCAGAUCUCCUAUAGCUCAGAGCGAGCCCUGGAUGAUCAGCGUAUUCAGCAUAACAUAGUUCUCGCCAUCGACGACUAUGGGAAUAUUCUCAACUCUGUUCAGAUUGCGUACGGACGAGCAAAGGGAAAGACAGCUCUGACUGGGGAACCCAAGAGGCUGCAAGAGACAACUUGCAUGAUUGUCGAUUGCGGGACAUAUACCAAUGUCGUUAAUGAGGGGCCCGAAUACCGGACGCCACUCCAGAGUUCUGUAUCAAAGUAUGAGCUCUUUGGUAUUUAUCUUGGAGAUGGCGAAACGCGCUUUCAUCCUGGAGAUUUCGUUAUUGAUAAGUUCAGCGAGGUUCCUUUCGAAAGUCCAAUUCCCAAGGAUGCUCUCGUCAAACGUGUAAUGGCCAAGAAGAUUACCCUGUAUCGCAAGAACGAUCUUACAGAUCUCCUAAGCCUUGGCAGGCUGGAGUCUAUGGCGCUUGAGGGCAGAUCUUAUACACUGUGCUUGACGGCAGAGCUUCUCGAAAGAUAUCAGCGUGACGGAAAGUCCUUGAUCCCGAAUCCAGAAGACAUCCUGCGUAAUAAAUGCAAAUACGAAUCCCUACAGGAGGAAGGUCAGUGGUGGCUACCAACUGCACAGCUAUACUACCACAUCGACCCAGCUGCGACACCAUGUAUUGAGUUGGAGUCUGCCCAAAAACACUUCUUUACACCGAUACGAUUGACAGAUCCUUUUGGGAAUUCCUCUCUCAUUGAGCUUGACAGCUAUAGCCUCAACCAAACGAGCAGUACCGAUGCUCUGGGUAACGUUUCUCACUAUGUGCAUAACUACCGAGCUAUGAAACUAGUUCUUGAGACAGAUCCAAAUGGAAACCGGACUGGCUAUAUCUAUGACUGCUUUGCGCGCUUGGUGGCUUCUGCACUCAUGGGGAAAAUUUCACAAAACAUUGGAGAUUCCCUAGAAGGCAUUCAUCCGGAACUGUCUGAGCAUGAGGCGGCAGACUUUGCUGCAGAGCCUUUGAAGUACUCUUCGAGUCUUCUCAAAGGCGCAACCGUGCGUUAUGUCUACGACCUCGAUCAGUACUACAGAGGAAAGGGCCCAUCAACCCCAAACUUCGCUUCCACGAUUAGUAGGGCUACGCAUGUUCACGAAGUCCCGCUGGGAUCGCAAUCUAGGAUAUCGUGUUCGUUCACCUAUUUCGAUGGCUUUGGUCGAUCGAUCCAGACCAAGACCAUUGCUGAGCGCGAUUCAUCCACUCCAUUAUCUCCUCGUUGGAUUGGCAGUGCGUGGAAAGUACUCGACAACAAGGGCAACGCCAUACGCGUUUUCAACCCGUUUUUUGAUGAAUCACACGCCUUCAAGAGCGAACACAAAGCCGGUGUUAGUCCCUACUUCAUGUUUGAUGCGCUGAACAGACUCGUAGCAACGGCAACGCCGAGCCAUACAUGGACCAAGGUAGUUUACGGAUCGUGGGAUACCACACACUACGAUUCGAACGAUACCGUGCUGAUGGAUUCCAAGGGGGAUGAGGAUGUUGGCAGCUAUUUUCAAAGGUUGCCUGACAACGAAUAUCUACCCACUUGGUAUGACCAGAGGAAGAUGGGAGCGUUGGGAACGGCAGAGAAAGACGCGGCAGACAAGACGGCCAAACAUAGCAACACACCAAUGACAGUUUGCUUGGAUUCCAUGGGUAACGAAUUCUUGUGGAUUAAGGACAAUGGCAAUGAGAAAUUCGUUACAUACCGCCUUUUCGAUGCAAAAGGAUUGUCGCGAGAGACACGAGACGCAAAGGGCCGGCUGAUUGAACGGAGAUCCUACGACAUGGCUGGUAACGACGUCCUGGAAGAGACUAUGGACACUUCAAGCUUGUGGACGCUUCACGAUGUCAUGGGCAGAGCUGUUUUGAUGUGGCGGGGCCAAGAUCAGACGUGGAGAAAGGAGUUUGACGCUCUAGGUCGAGAGACCAAGAAGUUCCUUAUUGAAGGAGAAAAGGCAGAGGUUCUGUAUGAGAUGAAAACCUAUGGAGAGAGCGAAUCCAGACCCGAAGAAAGGAAUUUUAGAGGACAACUCUUCCGAAUCUACGACCAAGCCGGAGUUGAAACGUAUCUUGAAUACGACUUUGCAGAUGUUUCGAUAACCCGGCAGAGGCAGCUUGCGGUCGAGUACAGAUCGACUCUGAACUGGAAUUUCCCAACGGACAUCGCUCUUUUACCAGAUACUUACACGGACAGAACUCACCAAAAUGCAUUUAGCCAGGUGACCUACUCCCAGGCUUCAGACGGGAGUGCCUCGCGAUACAGUUACAAUGAUGCCGGGCUUCUUGACAUGAUAGAGGCUAACGUGAGAGGAGAAAAGGGCCCGGCUGGAGACCUCUUGUGGAAGAAAUAUGUUACUGGGGUGGAUUAUAACGAGCUGUCGUACGCAACGGCCAUUCACUAUGGCAAUGGACAGAUUAUGACCAACGAGUUCGACACUCUCACACUGAGGUUGAGGAAGCGCCAGACUGUAUCUCCAUCCGCUACAAGAGCUUCGAAAGUGAUGCAAAACCUUGAGUACACAUACGACCCAACUGGAAACAUCACACUCAUACGCAACAACGCGCAGCAAGAUAUUUUCUUUCGGAACCGGGUUGUUUCCCCCGAUGCCAAGUAUACCUAUGACCCAACAUAUCGUCUCAUCGAGUCGUCAGGUCGCGAGCAACUCGACAACGGAUCUGGACCUGGGGGUUCAAACGUCGCGCUGGCUUGCCCAGGCGCCUUCCAGACAUUUGAUGCCACAUCAGAUGCGCCAAGAGAUGGAAUACCCAUGAGUCGCUAUCUUGAGUCUUACAAGUACGACUCCACCAACAACAUUGUCUCCAUCCAGCAUGAUGCUUCUGAAGAUGAAGGCAAGGCAUGGACUCGAACAUAUGUCUAUGACGAGAAGAGUGCACUUGAGCCCGAACGCUUUGGCAAUCGACUUAGUAGUACACAAGUGGGAUCUACCAUCGAGAGGUACGGUUAUGAUGGCAAAGGCGGCCAAUUUGGAUGUCUCACGUCAAUGCCGCACCUCGCGAACAUGGAAUGGGACGCUAUGCAACAGCUUCGGACUACAACUAGGCAAGUUGUGAGAGAUGAUCUUGGUGCAAUACCAGAACGAACAUGGUACGUCUAUGACAGCCAAGGCACAAGGAUUCGCAAGGUCAUUGAGCGGCAGAAAAGCCAAGGCGGAUCGGCGAGAUCGGAUAGCCCGAGGAAGCUGAAGGAAUGGCUCUAUAUGGGCGAAUACGAGCUAUUUUGCAAGUACGCUGGCGAUGGAACGACCACUGUUUUGCAAAAUGAGACGUAUCAUAUCAGUGGAUCCAAUGGUCGGAUCGCGCUACUGGAAGACUGGACUGGUGAAGGGAAUCCUGGUCGUCUAGUGAGAUACCAGAUCAGUGAUCAUCUGGACGCAGUGAGCAUCGAAGUGGACGAGAAUGGAAUCUUGGUCUCGUACGAGGAGUACUCCGCUUACGGUAACACAACCUUUCAGAUGCAAGAUUCACAGCGACCAAAACGAUUCCGUUGGUCCAGCAAGGAGCGAGAUAAAGAGAAUGGAUUCUACUAUUCAGAAGCUCGAUACUAUGCACCAUGGCUCGGCCGCUGGAUCUCCGCAGAUCCCGCGGGCAUCGAGGAUGAUAUGAAUGUCUUUACAUACGUCAGCUGCAAGCCUACCACGUACUCGGAUCCAACCGGUCUAGGAAAGACAGUCAAAACUAAGAACUCAAAGAAGAACCUUCUCAAACCAAUCACUAAGCAGAUACAAAAGCCAGACAAUGGCGAUAGGAGGAAGGCACUGCGCCAUAAAAAGAUCCAUGAAAAGCGCGAUGCUGCAGCGACCACGGCACCCAUCCAAGCUACAGAAGCAUCCAUAGCGCAAGGGGAGGCAAGCAUGCGUAACUUGCUAUCUGUGACUUGGGAGCGCACGCAGUUGCAUCACGUUUACCCACAAGAAUAUCGGGCUGAGUUCAACAAGAUUGGUAUUGACGUGGACAAUUUCACCGUGUCGCUGACGGACGAGGUCCAUCGCAUUUGCACUGUCGGCGGCACCGCCAACGGCACCACGCUCGGCAAGUGGAACGACCGCUGGGAUGAGCUUUUCUUCCACGAGCCGAGCAGAGGCUACUACGCUCAGAUGACAGGCUACAAGAAGCUGAAGCCAGCGGCGAAGGAGGCGGUGCGCAUGAACUUGCAGACCUCUGCACGCACGAUUUGCGGCAUCAUCAUGGCCGAGUAUGGGCUGCGGCACUUACACAAGGAUGGCGAGCCAAAGUUCCUCGACUACAACUAUGUGCAGAACAUGAAGGAGGAUUCGGAGCGGAGCCAGAUCAAGUCAGCCAACCUGGUGCAUCAUGAGGAUUGGGAGACGAUUUCUUCAGUGAGCUUCAAUGCGGCAGCGAGUGAGAGUGGGACUGCAAGCCAACUGUCGUCGUUACAGUUCAACGUCAACAUCAAAGACUUUGGCUCCCUAACGGGAAAGCACAAGAAGCUACUUUCGAAAUUGAUGGCUUCUGGUUUACUUACACCACCCUCCAGUGUAUCUACAAAGGGCAAAAAGAAGAAGUAG